ACUCAGUAAUCGCAUUCAUAAAAUCACAGGCCACACAUGCGCCGAGGUGGCUACUCGCCUAUUACGCGUCACACGUUUCACGUACUUUUUGACGUCAACUUCUCUUCGUGUCUAGUUUGGGAGAUCGUAAAGAUGGUAACAGAAAGUGAAUCAGUCGUGUAAUAAAUACCGCUUCGAACAGUUCGUAAGUUUUCGUUUCACACAGUGUAGCAUUUGAAGCUCACUGAGCCACGUGCAUUUUGUUUAUCGCUGUUCGUGAUUGAUUUUUGCGGCAUGGGCGAAGAAACUCAAGCCGGCGACGGAAAAGUGACAUUAAAACGUAAAAUAACGCUAUUUAAUGGUGUUGGUAUAAUAAUUGGGACAAUAAUUGGCUCAGGAAUAUUUAUAUCUCCGACUGGAGUUUUUCUUUACACGGGAUCAGUAGCCGCGUCUUUACUGAUAUGGCUCGUGUGUGGGCUAUUAUCGACAUUAGGGGCACUCUGCUACGCCGAACUCGGCACCUCAAUAUGCCGGUCGGGCGGUGAUUACGCUUACAUCUAUACCGCUUUCGGUCCCUUGCCUGCCUUCCUGAGGAUGUGGAUAGCUCUACUUAUCAUCAGACCGACGACCCAGGCAAUCGUGGCGCUCACGUUUGGACAUUAUGUCGUUAAGCCAUUCUUCCCCGAAUGUGAUCCACCUCAAGAUGCCGUCAAACUUCUUGCUGCUGUUUGUCUAUGUGUGCUGACAGCAAUCAAUUGCAUUAGUGUGAGAUGGACGAUGCGCAUACAAGACGUGUUUACAACAUCGAAGCUUUUAGCUUUGGUCGUUAUCAUAAUAUCAGGAUUAUACUACAUAUGCAUCGGCCAUCACGAAAACUUCCAGAAUGCUUUCGAAGGCGAGUAUAGUGCCGGAAAGGUGGCUUUAGCGUUCUAUUCGGGUCUAUUUGCGUUCGGAGGCUGGAACUACCUUAACUUCGUCACUGAAGAACUGCAAGAUCCUUAUAAGAAUUUGCCGCGUGCGAUAUGGAUCGCUAUGCCGAUGGUGACAAUUAUUUACGUGAUGGCGAACUUGGCCUACUUCGCUGUGGUGUCCAAAAUGGAGAUGAUGUCCAAUCCGGCUGUUGCUGCGGUUUUCGGUGACCGCCUAUUCGGCGGGUGGAGCUGGUUGAUCCCCGUAUUCGUGGCUCUGUCAACAUUCGGAGGAGUCAAUGGAGUACUGUUUACGUCAGCGCGCCUCUUCGCUACGGGGGCACAAGAAGGUCACAUGCCCGGAUUCUUUACUCUGUUCCACGUGGACAAGCAGACGCCGAUACCAUCACUUAUAUUUACAUGCUUCUUCUCACUACUGAUGCUGACGACGAGCAAUGUCUUCGAUCUAAUCAAUUAUUUCUCGCAAACGUUGUGGCUAUCCGUCGGCGCGUCAGUCGUCGGCAUGCUAUGGCUCCGAAGAACCAAGCCCGACAUGCCGAGACCUAUCAAAGUCAACCUUAUCAUACCCUACGUCUUCCUCAUUGCGAUUGGCUGUCUGGUUUUCAUACCAGCGAUCACCAAUCCGAUGGACACGGGGAUAGGAUUAGCGAUUCUUCUAUCCGGUAUCCCAGUGUACUAUGUCUGUGUGAAGUGGAAAGGCAAACCACAAUGCUACAACGCUUUCUCAGGCUGUGUAUUAAAGUUCCUGCAGAAAUUAUGCUCUUGUAUUUACGUCGAUUCAUUGGAGAAACUAUCUAAUUGAACGAAUGAAUGUUGCAAUAAUGAAGAUAUAUGAGCUUUCUUAUAAUGGACCAAUGUGUACUAUUGUACGUUUAUAGUUGAAGAGUAUUUAUUGGAUAUUUGGUGUCUUAUUGAUGUUGUUAUAGCGUUUACAUUUUUAUUUAUUAUACAGCGGAAUGGUUUAUCGACAGAUU